CUCAUUCAAUAGAACCACACAGUUGAAAGUUGAAAGCAAGGCUUGGUUGGUUGUUCAUCUACUGUAACCUACAUCGUAUCUAUCUAUCUUGCUAUCUAAGCUAGUAGUCAAGUCCGGGAGUAUUACAGUACUUGUACGACCAUGGUCCAAAUCCAAACCCCUCCCCGCAAUGGCGGCACCGGUGUCAAUAUUGGAGGUACUACCUACAAUGUCCCUGCUGACAAACAGACGGUAGAACGCGUGGGUAUUUUUGUGUGUGGGAUGUUUGUCUUUUGGAUUCUUUCCAGAGUCACAGAUACCUCUGGAGUGGUGGAGUUUUCCUUGCCCAUGGGUAGCAUGGGUAGCACUAAUACAGCCAUGGCCAAGACAGGAGGAGAACUCCGACCCUACUGUGCUGGAACCACCGACUACUUUGAAGAAACGGCCUUGGAAAAUGCCAUUGCUCAAGCCAGACUGUUCCACACACAAGGAGGAAGCUUAAAGUCCGUUCAAAAUCUACUCGACAAGCAUAUUGACACCACUGUCAAAAAGCUGGGGGCAACUUUCAUACCCAACGGAAUGACGGAAAAACAAGGAACCCAAGACGUUACCCAAUUCCUCAAAUCCUACUUUGCUCAGAAUUACGACCCUCGAGGAGGAUAUGGAAGUCCAUUGCCGGGAGAAUACGAACCAAAAAAUCAUCCAUUGAUUCAUGCUGGACGUUACGUGGAGGUUGCUGAUCCCGUUGAUUCCAUUGAACGUUGGGAUGCUUCUCUGGGACCUACCUUUCCCUGUCCCAACUUGCUCCGAUUGGGAAAAAAAGGAGCCGAUGGCACCAAAUGGUACUGUCAGCCCAUGGAACAUGCACAAAAUUCAAACAGCAACAACAAAAACAACAACAACGACUGCCACAUUAUCAGUAUUGGUGGCAAUGACAAUUGGAAGUUCGAAAUGGAAGUCGUUACAACCAUGCCAGGAUGCACCACACACACAUUCGACUGCACCCUACAAAAUGGAACCCCCCAAUGGAAACCAGAAAGAGACGACAUCAAAUUCUACAACUAUUGUAUCGACAGUGUCGAUCGAAAGGAUGGACAUGGCCGACACUACAUUACCUACUUUGACAUGGUACAAAAGGCGCAACUCAGGGCUCCACCGAAAAUGUUGAAAAUCGACGUGGAAGGAUUUGAGUUUGAUGUAUUUUCUUCCAUGAUGCAGCAAGCCAAUAGUAACGAGGAAAUGGCAAUCACCGCCACCACCACCAAGAGUGAUGGAACCAGAGGCAGGGUACAUCAUCAUCCACCUUCCUAUUGGCUGCCUCAACAAAUCAUGGUGGAACUGCACUGGGCCACUCGAAUGACGGGAGUCAGCUGGAUGCCAAGGACACGAACAGCUGCUGAAAUUGCUCUACUCUCCAAUGUCAUGUACACUGGAGGUGGCUACAUGCCAAUCUUUUUGUUCUGGAUCAAGCGCUGUCCAUCCUGCAUGGAGGUUCUCUACUUUCGAACACUGUGCUAAACUACGCGUAUGCGUAUAUGCAUGUACUGGUACUGGUGCGAUGCCGUAUCGUACCGUGCCGUUUAUCCAAUUAGCAAUCUACGUGUAUCUAACUAAGCCUACGGUAGAGUACGGGUAGAUAGGUUGGGACAUAGAUGUAAUUUUAUGGAACCAAAUUUCAUUUUC